AUGCGCUGCGUCCUCAUCGAGCCUGGUAGUUGUCGUGCGCAAUCGAAAACUAUUCUCGAUAAGCACGGCAGUCGCUCUUCAGAUAUGGCUGCGGUUGAUCGACCCUCCGAGACUCAAGGCGAUGUCCUCCGCUCUGAUGAUGUCUGCGACGAAAGAGCCGCAUCUGCAUCUGCAUUUGCACCUGCACCUGCAUCUCCAUCCCCUCCUCGAAAUACCACCCGUGACGAUUCCCCAAAGCCACAGUUGGAAAACCCAGACACGUCCCCCGCGCACGAUAUCGUCGUGCCAAUUCGAGCCCCAACGUCGCAGGGUGAUGUCAUGGAAAAAGACAUCCAAGAAUGCUAUCCUCCACUGCCUUCUCUGGACUGCCAGGAUGACGACUUUCAGCCUCAUCGUGGCACUCAAAGUCCCUCAGCCCUAAGAGGCACAAGUCCGUCGGUUCACAGCGUGAACCAAAACCAAAGUUUCACCUCCGAGUACCAUCCAUACGACCCCCCGGCGAUAGCCUCUGCCGAGCCAGACGUGUCAAUCAAAGGAGAAGAGAGCUUUGACCCCAAUGAUCCCACCGUUGGUCUAUUUCAUCCUGUCCCCAGACCAGCCAGUCUCUUUAUCGCCAGUAGGAACAUGGCAAUGUUCCCUGAUGCUUUUGCGGAUGCUAAGCUGGAGUUCGACUCAACGUCGCUUUUCACAUCACCCGAAGCGUCGAACGAGUGCUUGUUCGACGACAGCGUCAUUCGCAGGCCAGAGUGGACGAUAGACGACGUGGAAACCGCGCCGUUGUUCAAUGAGCUCUCCCCAGGAAGGCCGAUAGACACAUUCGUCGACACCAGCCUCGCCUCAAUGAAUGACACAUGCAGCCCCGAUUCCUCGCUAUCGUGGUCGUCCCUUGGCUACGAGGCCAAUCCUAGCAUGCAGCAGCCGCAGCAGCAGCAGGCUCUCAUCAACCACAAUGAAACCCUUUGCUCUGAUGACCCAGAGCUCUUCACGCCCAAUGACCAUUAUGAUCAUAUCAACGCUGGGUACGACCCGACAGCCACGACAGCCAAUGACUUCCACGGCCUGAACGGCCUGGCACUAUUAAACAGUUAUAAUGAAAGCCAUAGCCACCCUUACCUCCCGCCCCCAGUACCCAUGAACAUAAACAUGAACCUGAACCCCUGGCGACACGAAUACACCGACCUAGCAAGCACGCGAAAUCCAAUGCCGUUAAACAGAGACCACGAGCCGCUCUUCGUCCCCGCAGACAUAUUCGCAUAUCGAGAGAGUCUGUUCCGACUGGAUCAACUCACACGUCCACAUCCGCGGUUCCCGGUCGAGACAACCCACCUCCGUCCGCAGUUACUGGGGAAAAGAACGUUCAACUGCCCUGGCGAGACCCGAAACGCCUUCUUAAUAGAGUGUAAGCGUCGCGGACUAUCAUACAAGGAUAUCAAACGGCUCGGCGGGUUCAAGGAAGCAGAGUCGACGCUGCGCGGUAAAACUGCUCUGUGA